AUGGCAUACGAGCGACAUAUUCUCGACUUGAACUAUUCGCUCUUUAUGAGCUUGGGAGCCACCACGGUGCUGCGUGAUGACUGUGUGAUUAUCCUCAAUCCUCACAAUCCUCACCAUCAACAGUCGAAUGUCGCGUGCCGCCUACGUCUGCAACAUCCUCGUCAGGUGUCCAACUUUCUUCGCGAAACAAUGACGAUUUUCGAGACGGCUGGGGUCACACCUCGUUAUUUGGUGGACGUCUUGUCCACGCCCAGCUUUGAAGAGUUGUAUACUCAGUUUGAAGCGUCCCGUUUAUUCUCACACAUGGAACGAAAUAUCGACAUCAUCAUGGCUUGGACUUAUCCCGCAAAUAACAUAGCCAUGCAACGUCCCUUUGUACGCAAGGCUUCCGAACAAGACUGUGCUGGCCUUACUGAAUUGAUUGCCAAAGCGUAUGGCUAUGGGGACGAUAUUAAAUGGUUAUCCAAGAAACUUCUCAUCCAGCUACGAAAUCCUACUGUCUUUCCCAUUUACGUGAUGGAAAGAUCAGGACGUUUCGUCAGUUGUGUCAUUCUUCAUCUUCCUCCCGGCCUGCCUCAUUUGGGCCACGUCAAUGUCGUGGCCACCGAUCCCGACCAUCAGAGACAUGGAUUUGCUGCAGAAUGCUUGCAAGUCGCCCUUUCAAACGAAACGAAACCAUCACAAAAAGUAUAUCUUGAAGUUUACGAUGAAAUUGAUCACGCCAAAAGAUUGUACGAAAGAGUUGGAUUCAUCGUCCAGGGACGGAUGGAACAUUUCAUUGCUACGCGAUAA